AUGGAUCGAGAAGAGACCUUUGAGUCUCCGCGAAAGCGGUUGAAGACCGAUGAUGCUCCCCAAGGAGAUGUUGCUGUUUCGGAGACGUCGACUUCUCAGAAGCAGUUGGCCGAAACUCCAGCGGCGCCAUCUCAAGAUGCCCAGGCUUUGAAAGAAGCUGAAGUUGGGAUUACUGAGUUUGUCAGCACUGGCACUGAGGGCUUCUCAGGUAUCUUGAAAAAAAGAUACACGGACUUUUUGGUCAAUGAAAUCCUUCCUUCCGGUGAAGUCUUACAUCUCCGUGAUCUCGUCGCUCCACCUUCUAUGGUAAAGAAGGAAAGCAGGGAGGAUACAACAGAUAAUGGGGCUAUUCCAACGGCGGCAGACUCCUCGUCGACUGCUCCCACCGCAGAAACCCCGCAGAUCCAAGAAAAGCCUGCUGAUGCUGGCAGCUCCGAGGGUGCCGAAUUUCAGAUUUCUGAAGAGGAUAAUGCCUUGUUAGUUUCGUUCUUUGGUGAGGAUGUAACGCAAAAGAUCCUGGACUUGAACAAGCGGGCGCUGUCCGAUCUUAAAGCCCGGCCAAGCGAUCUUGGAAAGGUGAAAAGUGGCACCAUCGACGACCGUGAUCUGCGCACAAAGAUUCACCAAGCCAUUAGGCGGAUAUUUGAUUCUAAACUGGAGUCGACGACCGAUUCCGAUGGUUCAAUGGCCAUUUCGGCCGCUCCGAAUCGUAACAAGCGCAACAGACAGGGCGGCCGUGGUGGCCGUGGCGGUGAUGGGGGACAGGGACAAGGAAGGUUGUCCUGGGACGAAUUGGGAGGACCUUACCUGCAUUUCACUAUCUACAAAGAAAACAAGGAUACGAUGGAGGUGAUAUCCUUUCUUGCUCGCCAACUGAGGGCGAACCCCAAGAGCUUUCAGUUUGCUGGUACGAAGGACAGACGCGGAGUCACAGUCCAGAGAGCUUGUGUUUACCGAGUUUACGCUGAACGCUUGGUGGGAAUAAGCAGGUCGCUUCGCAAUGCAUCGCUCGGAGACUACGAGUAUCGCAAACACGGCCUGGAGUUAGGAGACCUUGUUGGAAACGAGUUUGUCAUUACUCUCCGUGAAUGCGAGUUCCCCGGUGUUGACCCCAAGAGUCCGGAUGCCGUCGCGUCUGCGAGUCGAAUAGUUGAGAAAUCACUCAACGAUUUGCGUAACCGGGGCUAUUUCAAUUACUUCGGCCUGCAGCGAUUCGGUACUUUCUCAACCAGGACCGACGCUGUGGGUGUCAAGAUGUUGCAAGGAGAUUUCAAGGGUGCCUGUGACGCAAUCUUUCAUUUUAGUCCCCAUGUCUUGGCUGCAGCCCAGAAUCCUGAUGAUUCUAGUCCCAUUAGCAGCGAUGACAAGGCUAGAGCGGAAGCCAUACACAUAUUCCAGACUACUGGCCGGGUCAAUGAUGCUCUUGACAAGCUUCCCAGAAAGUUCUCUGCGGAGGCAAAUCUUAUCCGCCAUCUGGGCCGCUCCAAGAACGACUACCUGGGAGCUCUUGGUACCAUACCGAGAAACCUGCGCUUGAUGUAUGUACAUGCAUAUCAGUCACUUGUUUGGAACUUUGCGGCUGGUGAGCGCUGGCGUCUCUAUGGAGACAAGGUUGUGGAAGGAGACCUGGUGCUCGUCAACGAACACAAGGACAAGGUUCCUACUGAAGAGUCGGAAACAGUUGAUGCUGACGGCGAAAUCAUCGUGGUCCCUCAGGGGGAGGAUGCAGCAGCCACAGCGGAUGAUGUGUUCACCCGAGCUCGUGCAUUGACGGCAGAGGAAGCUGCCAGUGGUAAAUACACCCUAUUCGAUGUGGUACUCCCGCAGCCCGGUUUCGAUAUUAUCUAUCCAGCCAACGAAAUGACAAACUUCUAUAAGCGUUUUAUGGCAAGUGAGCAAGGUGGCGGUCUCGAUCCAUUUGACAUGCGGAGAAAAUGGAAGGACGUCAGUCUUAGCGGAAGUUACCGCAAGCUUCUCAGCAGACCUGGACCCGAUUAUUCAUUUGAAGUGAAAUCUUACUCAAAGGAGGAUCAACAGUUCAUCCAAACAGACCUUGAACGACUGAGGAACGCAUCUGGAGAGACAGUUCCCGAGACUACUGUAGAGCCAGGGGAUAAACUCGCUGUCAUCUUGAAAUUCCAACUUGGAGCCAGUCAGUACGCCACGAUGGCCUUGAGGGAGCUGAUGAAGACUGGAGGAGUCAAGACCUACAAGCCAGACUUUGGGGGCGGACGAUAA